AUGUCGACUACCUCUACCGUCGAAUUCUCCAAUUUGCCCACCGAUGCAAUUGGGAAAAUCAUUGAGAAAUGUGAUCUCAAAGAGCAAUUGACUCUCCGAAAAGUGUCGAAAGACCUGCGUUCCCUUGUCGAUGAACAGAAACUUGCAUACAAAUCGAUCGAGAUCAUUUCGAAUGAUUUGUUUAUCUCUUGUGUGUACAACGACAAAGAUGUUGUGUAUACAAGCGGGAAUUGGAAUAGUUAUAUGACUAAUGGAGUCUCCGUCAUCAGAAGCGAUGAUUAUGUGAAAAUCGCUUUGAAUGAUUUGUCGAUUGCACUGAAAAAUCCAAAAUUGCGAUUGGAUGACCUAUACCUGAGAUUCUGCGACUUCUCCGAUGAUAGAAUUAAUCGAUUCAGAUUGCUUCUGAAUAGUCUGAAUCACCAAAUACACGUCGAAACAUUGAUAGGAAAUCCGGAAUUUCUUCUAUCGACUCUCCCCUUUUUCAAACCGAAAGUGCUUGUGAAUAUUGAAGUUUUAGGAGGAGAAGACACUGAAGAUUGGGCAUCAAAAGAAGGAGCGGAAAGUAUCAGAAAAAUCUCGUGUCUGGAACAGUGGAAGCAAGCGGAGCAACUCACUACUGGAUUUGAUGUCGGUUUCUUCCCAGCCGAAUUUAUCAUGCAUUUCAAACGUUUUGUGAUUUUAAGAGGGUUUUUCGACAAGGAUUUCUUGAUGAAUCUCAGAGAUUUAUUCUCCACGUCUACCAACUUCCAAUCAUGCACUGUUCAAUCAAAUAAUGACGAAAACAGGUCUGAAUUCCUCCAAUCGUUCUGUGAAAAGGUGGAAUCUGGAGAAGAAGUCAUCUACCGUUUCAAGAUUCCUGACGAUUCGAACAAAGUUUUGGAGUUUAAAAUAUUCUCCCGUUCUCCAACUUUCAAACACUGUAACAUCGAGUGCGUCUACCUUCCACUCAUCGAAGAACUCGCCGUCGAAUUGGGUCUUCGUCUGGAACCGGGCAAUUAUCUUCCAGUAUUCUAUCAAUAUCUCAUCCCAGACUCUACCGACGUUUUGAUCUACGAAUUCUGGAUGGAUCACAUCGAAAUUCGUCGUGUUUCAUACAUGGAAAUGCUCUAA